CUCAUAAUCAUUUCAAAAAGCAAUUAUCGCCACAUAAGAGCAGAAAAACUAAUCAUAUAUCGAGAGAUGUUGAGCUGAAGGAUUUAAUGACUUGGCUGUCGAGUGACAAUAAUACAAAUUUUGGACUUAAACGAUCUGCAACAUUGUUUGAUGAAUCUCUUACUCAUAGGCCUUUUAAAUUUUCUUCAAAUAAAAAACCUUUACAUGAAAUCUUAUCUUCAAACCUGGAGAAUCUUGUUGCUGACUCUUCAACUGAUCUUUAUUCAAAAAUAAUGUUUUCAUCAAUCGAAGAGCUGGAAAAGAAUUUGUCAUUUGAUGAUGAUGAUUCUAAUGAUCUCGAUAAUAUUUACUCUCCAAACAUUGAAGAAUCACGAUUUAUUAACAAUUUAAUUAAUCGCCUGCCUCAAGAUCAGAAGUUUCUGUUUAAUGAACAAAACCAACCUGAGAGAUUUCCAAAUGAUCUGAACAAUGACAUUGAUCAAUUUUGGCAUUACGUUACUAAAGAUAUCUGGGAUAUUCAGAAAAUUCGGAAAAUAUCACUAGAUGAACGUAAAUUAUAUCGGCAUAUGUUUAAUCGAAUUGUAUCCAACUAUUACGAUCCGAUUAUAACAAACAUUUACACAAAUGCCAUCGAAUUAAACAAUAACAUGGAUGAGAAACGAUUACAGAAAUUAUCCGAAGUUAUGAAAAGUGCCCCGGUUAUAGGUUUUUCUUGGAAGAACGCCAAGUGCCUUAAAAAAUUAUUUCAUGAUUCUUCACCAGCGUCAACACCUGUUUUUAUAGUGGAUGAAGCAUCAGAAAUACCAGAAGAUGAAAUUUCUUGCAUUAUUAAUGAUCACGAAAACCUUGAACAUUUAGUUAUGAUAGGUGAUAUGAAUAGACGUUGUGGUAAUUCUUUAUUUGAGCGAUGGAUUUCAAAUGGUGGUAGACAUUAUAGACUUUCAGAGCAAAUUCGUGUACAUCCACAAAUAAACAAUCUUUUGAGUACUUUUCAUAAACGAAUUGCGGAUGAUUUUACAUUUUUAAAAAACAAUUUACAAAUCGCUGGUACUACAUCUAACGUUUAUUUUUUGAAUCACCAGAACUAUGAUGAAGUUCCUGAUAGUAUAUCAAAAAAUGUUAUAAAUACCAUUGAAGCUGAAUUUGUCACAAAAUUUGCUUUCUACCUUCACCAGCAAGAUGCCGAUUUUGACCCUGGAAAUAUAACCAUCCUCACUCCGUUUACUGCUCAAAAGGAAUUAAUUAAAAGUUUAUUAGCACCUGAACUUAUAAAAGAGAAAACUGUAAAAAUUAGUGAAACAAUAACAAAGGAAGUGGGAAUGCACAAUUAUGAACCUGAAUUUGCUCAAAAAAUAAUUGUCACUGAAAAGAAAUUAGGAAGUGUUAAUGUUCAAUUGAUUAGUGAUUAUCGCUAUGAAGAAAACAAGAUAGUCAUUCUUUCUCUUGUCGCUGUUCCGCAACGAUGGCAAAAAGAAGCAUUAACGAUAUUGAGCACAAAAGACCUUGUAUAUACAGCUUUGUCUAGAGCAACUAGAGGUUUAUACAUUUUUGGAGAUGGUGAUCUACUAAAAAAUAUUCCACCAUGGGCCGACAUCAUUAAAAAAACUAUUAAUGAAAAUGCUUAUGGAUCAGAGCUCAUCCUUAGCUGCCAAAAUCAUGGCGUUAAAACUAAAAUUAGCCAUCCUGAUCAUUUCAAGCAAUAUGUUCCUCUCGGUGGCUGUAUGAUGCCCUGCGAAAAAAUGUUAAUAUGCGGCCAUAAAUGUCCGCGAAAAUGUCAUCCAAUCCCGCAUUCUCAAGAACGAAAUCGUUUCAAGUGCGAAGAAAUAUGUCAUAGGAAGUCAAAAGUCCCAAUAAGGAAUUGUAACAAAAAACAACCUUGUCAAGACUUAAUUAAUGAAUGUACACAUCCUUGUGAACGCAAAUGCCACAAAUGUUAUGAAGAGGGUAGCUGUGGUACCUGCGAAGAAGAGGUCAAGCAUUAUAAGUUUGGUGACUGUUGCCAUGAAACUACUAUUAAAUGUCAUGAGAGACGAUACAAGAAAUGUGAUCAUGAAAUAAAUGUUAUGUUGAAAUGUGGACAUACCGUAAAAGUACCAUGUCAUGAGCGACUUAAUGUGGAUGAGUAUAGAUGCAAAAGGCCUAAAGAUGUCGAAAUUCCAACAUGCGGACAUGUUGUUCGCGUUGAUUGUUUUGUAACGAAUCCGGAGUGCACAAAGCGUUGUGGUUAUUUAUUACCCUGUGGUCAUAAAUGCGAAGGAAGAUGUGCAUCACACAAAAAUUAUAUUCAUAGAAGAAGUGAUUGUAAACGUGAAUGUCUCAAGACUCUUGUUUGUGGGCAUAAAUGUAUUAAUGGAUGUGCAGAGCCGGAUCAGCAUUCCUCUUCAUGUAUGGAAGAAUGCACCUUCAAAUGUUUACAUGGUAUCGGGUGUCCAUUUCAAUGUAAUGAUCCAUGUUUUGAAUGUUUGGAGGAUUGUCCGUUGAUGUGUAAACACACCAAAUGCACUAAGCGAUGCUGGGAAGAUUGUGAUCGACCUCCAUGCAACAAAUCAUGUACUGAAACCCUAAAAUGCGGACACCCUUGUAAUGGACUCUGUGGAGAACCGUGUCCUCCCUGUAAAAAGUGCAAUCCUAAUAUUGAAUGUCCUAUAACUUUAACAAAAAUCGGAGAAUUUUCUGAUGAAGAACGGUGUUAUAUACUUCCUGAGUGCGGCUGCGUCUUUAUGGUUGAUGCUUUAGAUCAAUAUUUCAAUGAUAAACCAUCAGUUAAUGGACACCUGGUAAUUAAGCUGUGGGACUGUCCACGUUGCAAAAAGUUAGUUUACACAGCUGGAAGGUAUAACAAAUUUAUAAAGGAAGCAGUCCGUAUGUGGAAUGUUGUUAAAUCACAAAAAAAACAAAAUGAGCUUACAGAAGAAGAAAAGGAACAAAUUAUUCAGGCGAUGGAUAAUGAGAUUCAGGAACUUUAUGGAGAUGGGGAUAAUGUUACGGGUCAUUGGUUCUGUUGUCCCAAUGGUCAUCCUUAUUAUAUCGGUGAGUGCGGGGGAGCUACUCAACGAUCUGUUUGUAACGAUUGUGGUGCAAUAAUUGGUGGUACAGGGCAUAUAGUUGUUCCUUCGAAUUCUUUCUAUGGAGAAUUUGAUGGAAGUGCCGCACCAGCAUAUCCUGGACAACCAGCAAGGCAACCAAAUCGAGAGAUCGUUUAA